AAACACCCAUAAAUUUCCAAUACACCCAUUAGCCUGGAACCAUAACUCUCCUCCAAGAGAGAGAAAAUAAAAAAACAAGAGGGUGGAAAUAGAGAGAGAGAGACUGCCAUUCUUUUCAUCUCAUGCUAUGCAGCUCUAAUUCCUUUCCUUCUCUGUCUUCUUUCCUUCUUUUCCUCACUUCAACCCAACUCCAUCCCCACCCCCCCUCUUUUAUUCCUCCUCUCCUCCAUCUCCUCAUCACCCUGACCUUUUUUUUCGCCGUCUUAACACCACAACCAAUGGAAAACCACCACCGAAAUCCCCAACAAAAAGAUAACCCACCAUCCCACUCCACCUCCCCAAAUACCUCCACCAGCAGCAGCAGCAGCAGCAGCAAUGGAGCAGCAGCCACCGCUACGGCAACGGCGGCGGCGGCAGCAGCAGCGCAGGUUCCAUCUCCUUCGAUUCCACAACCCCCAACGCCGAAAUCCAUGCCGAGAUCCAUCGAAUCCAACCCAUACCCCACCACCUUCAUCCAGGCCGACACCUCGUCCUUCAAACAGGUCGUCCAGAUGCUCACCGGCUCCGCCGAGACCGCCGCCAAGCACGCAGCUGCCGCCGCCAACCCUAGCCCCCCCGCAACCAAGAAUCCGAUCCCUCCCGCCGUCAAGGCCACCGGCCCCAAGAAACCGGCCUUCAAGCUCUACGAACGCCGCAGCGGCCUCAAGAAUCUCAAAAUGAUCAGCCCGCUCAUCCCCACCUUCCUCAAUUCCACCCCCAUCUCGCCGGCCGGCGGCUCCGCCUUCUCCCCCCGGAAGCAGCCGGAGAUCCUCUCGCCGAGCAUGCUGGAUCUUCCCUCCCUGGCUCUCAGCCCGGUCACACCGCUGAUCCCGGAUCCCUUCAACCGUUCGCCGCACCCGAACUCGACGCCGUCCUCGGCGAUGUCCGCCGAGGAGCGGGCGAUCGCCGAGAAGGGUUUCUACUUGCAUCCGUCGCCGAGGACCACUCCGAGGGACGCCGAGCCGCCCCGGCUGCUUCCGCUCUUCCCGGUGACGUCGCCGCGAAUCUCCUCCUCGGCUUCCUCUCCAUGAGAUCUCUGGAUCCUUGUCGAGUAUAUUAUGGUAUCGUGGUACAAUUUGAAUUUUACCUCUUCUUUCUUCUGCUGGAGAGAGAGAGAGAGAGAGUUGGGGCUGUCCAUUAUUAUCGAGCCGCUGGCUAGCGGAGAUCUCUGCUUCAAUUGUAUACAAUUUAGUCUCUCUUUCUCCCUCUCUCUGAUUCACUCCUCUGGUAUUCUCUCUGUGAUGCAAACCAACCAGCGUGGUCUCAGAAGGCAAAUCCCUCGGUAUCUUUCAGUCUGGUAUCAGAUUUUCUUUAGCUAUGGCCCCAAUGAGAAAUUUUACCUUCUUAUUUCUCUAGCGUUGUUCCAUGUUCGUGUGUACUAAUUUCUUUCAGGAGUUGCAUACUGUUUGCAGAGAGAAAAGAGGAGAAAAAAAGAUUUUAAUGUUUAGCAACUGUGUGACAUUUAAUUUCACA